CGCCUGGCGUCUUAUGUAACGACGGGUACCUGCUACCCCAGGCUGCAUCGACGCUAAAGCGCCCUGUAGCCUCAGCGGUAAACUCCGCCUGACCAACUCCGUCUUUAGCGGCCGCCCAGCUUACAUCCAUGCUUUGUUCCGACGUCAACGCCUCGAAGCCCUCCAGCUCCUUUUAUCAACGUCACGAGUUCUUCUCUGGCUCUUGCUCACGCGACCGACCCGCCAAUGCCUGGAUAGACAGGCGUAAGGGAUACACCAAAGUCCCUUCUUCUCGUUCCUCUCAUACCGAGACCCGAAGGAAUCGGAGAUUGUAAAACGUUCAGCAGCAAACCUGCUCGAUACGAAAGAUUAACGCCAAAAGCCGAGUGACGCCAAUCACUCCGAUAACAACCUCCCCCCAGCGGAGGGCAACAUCACCAAGGCUUUAAUCGAAACACACUCCUGCUCGGAGCCAGCGGAAUCUGAUAGAGAAAAUGGCUUCGAGACCAGAGUACCAGUCAUUAGCGGAUGUGGAGGAUCACGCAGCAGCCUCAGACGAAGAUUCGGCGCUGCUGGGAGGCCUGGACCAGGACAGCAACGAUGUGCCCUUUUCGUGGAUCGAAUAUGCCAUCUUUUGCUUCCUGGGUAUGGCCAUGCUUUGGGCCUGGAAUAUGUUCCUCGCCGCCGCCCCGUACUUCGCAUCCCGCUUCGCCGGCGACUCCUGGAUAGAAGCAAACUUCCAGUCCACCAUCCUCACCGUCUCGACCCUCACGAACCUCGUCUCCGCCCUCAUCCUCUCCCACAUCCAGCACUCCGCCUCGUACCCCUUCCGCAUCAACCUCGCCCUCGUCAUCAACACCGUCAUCUUCGGCCUUCUCACGGGCUCCACGGCCGUCUUUCUCGAUGCCUCGCCGCGCCAGUACCUGGGCUUUGUGCUCACCAUGGUGGCAUGUACCUCUUGGGCCGCGGGCCUGAUGCAGAACGGCGCGUUCGCUUUCGCCGCUGGCUUUGGCCGAUCCGAGUAUAUGCAAGCUCUCAUGGUAGGCCAGGGCGUGGCCGGAGUUCUGCCUUCCAUCGCGCAAGUCGUCUCCGUGCUCCUCUUCCCUCCUAGCAAAGAAAACGCAGCCGCAGGCGAGGGCGCCGGACAGUCCUCCGCAUUCUACUACUUCCUCGCCGCCGUCGUCAUCUCCUUGGUGACCCUCGUGGCCAUCAUCCCCCUGGUCCGCCGACACAACCGCCUGGUAGCCGACCGUCUCACAGAGCACCUCGCCUCCUCCAUGGCCAGUAUCGAAGAGGCCGAGCGCGCCACACGCAAAGUCGUCUCCCUGCUCCACCUCCUCAAGAAGCUCCGCUGGCUCGCGUUCGGCGUGGCCCUCGUCUUCGCCGUCACCAUGUUCUUUCCCGUCUUCACCGUCAAGAUCCUUUCCGUGCACAAGGAUGGCGGGAUACUCUUCCAGCCCGCCGUCUUCAUCCCCGUCGGCUUCCUCUUCUGGAACAUUGGCGAUCUCCUGGGCCGCAUCGCCACCAUGCUGCCCUUUUCGCUUUCCCACAGGCCGGUCCUGCUCUUCGCGCUGGCCGCGGCCCGAAUCGCGCUUCUCCCGCUCUACCUGCUCUGCAACAUCAACGGCCGCGGCGCCAUCAUCCCGAGCGACUUCUUCUAUCUCUUCAUCGUCCAGCUUGUCUUUGGCUUGACCAAUGGAUGGGUUGGAUCGAGCUUCAUGAUUGCUUCGGGCGAGUGGGUUGAAGACAAUGAGCGAGAGGCUACCGGUGGAUUCAUGGGCCUGUGCCUGGUGGCCGGUCUUGCAUCGGGAAGUUUAUUGAGUUUUACGAUAUCUGACAUCUAAUCAUUGUGUGAACUGGUCAUUUUAAAGGCGUUAUCAUGGGGCGUGUACGGUAUUCAAUUCAUGGGAGCGGCAUUCAACAGCCCAAGUUUGCUAAUCCAAAGCUAUGCAGUGUAAAUUACCAGAUAUUAGAUGAAUAGCUAUAGUAACAAAUUCUAGAGAAAUAUAGCUAUAAUAGCAGAGAGUAGCAAUUGUAACAGAAAGUAGUAACGAUAUCUACACAGCAGAU